CUUCUUUAGGAGCUUAUUUUAUAGGCGUAUCCAUAGAAGCUCUUCCAGCAUAAAAUGCAGGUAUUUGGAGCGGCGAGUAUGACGUGGAAGGCAACUUUCAUCAGAAAAUAAUGUAUUGGCGUAUAAAUACGAAAAACGUAUUAAUUACGAAACAUUAGGUGGAUCUUGGACAUACUUUAUCAAGCUUAUUCUCAAGAUAAGGCAUAAACAUUUCUUCAAACAAAAAUGAUGAAACGAUCAGCAGAUAAUGGGGACACUAGUUCUCAACCACCUAUCAAGAAAGUUCAGUUUGAGCCGAUUUUAAUCGGGCCUAUAUCUACUUUAGAAGAAAUGGACAUGAAGGUGUUACAAUUUCAGAACAAAAAACUGGCACAGAGAUUAGAGCAAAGACAUAGAGUGGAAGCUGAACUAAGACAACGGAUUGAACAAUUAGAAAAACGUCAAAUGCAGGAUGAUGCAGUACUUAAUGUAGUUAAUCGAUAUUGGAAUCAACUUAAUGAGGAUAUACGUGUAUUACUCCAAAGAUUUGAUGCUGAAACUGCUGAUGAAUCAGAAAAUAAAAACGAAAGUGAGGCUACAACAUCAUUCCUCAUGCAAUUAUCUUCUUGGGAUAAAGAAGAAUUGGAUGACAAAUUAGCAAAUCGUGUACAGGUAUCUAAGAGAGCGGUGUCUAAAGUUGUACAGGCAUUUGACCGUUUAUCUCAAAGAAAUGAAAAGAUCACACUUGCACUCAAAGGACAGUUUGAUGGUGUUUCUGUGUGUACAGAUGAGGCGCCAAAUAUUGAUGAGGUCGUACGUCGUGCAAAUGCCGAGAUACAAAUGGAAAAUAGAAAUUUGCAGGCAAUAAAUAUACAACUGCAUGAGAAGUAUCAUACUAUUUCACUGAAGAUGUCAGAAUUGCAAGAUACUAUAACUGGAAAAGAUACACUUGCGGCAGAAUUACGAAAUCAGGUAGAUGAUUUGCAAUAUGAAUUGAAUAAAGUACGAGCAAGAAAUGAUAAAUUGGAACAUCACCUUGGAGAGGCAAUUGAAAAGUUAAAAGCUUUCCAACAAAUUCAUGGCACAGACGAAAAAGGCAGCAACAAACCUAGUACUUUGGUUGCGUCUAGUGUUUCACAGACUAAGCUUGAGGAUUUGCAAAGAGAGUUGGAGGAGACGCGAGAAUUAGCUAACAAUAGAUUACAAGAAUUGGAUAAACUGCAUCAACAACAUCGUGACACUUUGAAAGAAGUGGAGAAAUUGAAGAUGGAUAUAAGACAAUUGCCUGAAUCGGUUAUCGUGGAAACGACUGAGUAUAAAUGUCUGCAAUCGCAGUUUUCUGUAUUAUAUAAUGAGUCUAUGCAAUUAAAAACACAAUUAGAUGACGCUCGUCAACAAUUGCAGUCGAGUAAGAAUAUACAUUUACGCCACAUCGAGAUGAUGGAGAGCGAAGAGUUAUUGGCACAAAAAAAGUUACGCGGGGAAUGUAUACAACUCGAAGAUGUCUUGGCGCAAUUGCGUAAGGAAUACGAAAUGCUUCGUAUCGAAUUCGAGCAAAACUUAGCAGCUAACGAGCAAACAGGUCCGAUUAAUCGCGAGAUGCGUCAUUUGAUCACCUCCCUUCAGAAUCACAAUCAGCAAUUAAAAGGGGAAGUGAUUCGUUAUAAGCGAAAAUACAAGGAAGCUUCCACUGAGAUACCACGACUGAAGAAAGAGGUGGAGGAAUUGACGGCGAAAUUAGGCCAGCAAACGUCUCAAGAAAACAAAGAAGGUAACAAUUCAGACGGCAGCGGAAAAGAAGAGGAUACAUCUAACUCCUUACCAGGCUCUGCGCAGAUAAAAGAAGAAAGUGGUGUGACCAUAAAAAGGGAAGUUGUUGAUGAGGAAGUGGAAACUAUCGAAGUGGGAGAAGGUGAAGGCAGCAAAGGAACUCCCGAUUCUAUAACGUUAACUUCACCCACAAUAAAAAAGGAGAAGGAUAUAAAACGUGAGAAAGAUAUUAAGAAAGAAUCGAUAAAAACCGAGCAUCGUGAUACGGCACAUCGUAGUAAGGAUGCAAAAAUGGCAGAAUCAGAACUUGUGAGGGAUUUGAAAGCACAAUUAAAGAAGGCUGUAAACGAAAUGAAAGAGAUGAAACUUUUGUUGGACAUGUACAAAGGCGUUGGAAAAGAGCAACGAGACAAAGUACAGUUGAUGGCUGCAGAACGUAAAACAAGGGCGGAAUUAGAGGACUUGCGACAACAGAUUAAGAAAAUUCAAGAAAGUAAACGCGAAGAACGUAAAAAAUUGGCUGACGAGGAUGCGCAGAUAAAAAUUAAAAAAUUGGAGGAUCAGGCAUACACGUUGCAACGUCAAGUGGCUUGUCAAAAACAGAAUUGUGUGUGGCUGCAGGAGGAGGAAGCGCUUCUGAAUGAGAUGGAAGUAACUGGACAGGCGUUUGAGGAUAUGCAGGAACAGAAUUCGAGACUGAUACAGCAGCUACGCGAAAAGGACGACGCGAAUUUCAAGCUCAUGACAGAAAGAAUUAAGAGUAAUCAGCUGCAUAAGCUCGCGCGUGAGGAGAAAGACGUAUUGAAGGAGCAAGUGUCCACAUUAACCACGCAGGUGGAGGCAGCCAAUGUCGUCGUGCGAAAAUUGGAGGAGAAGGAACGUCUUUUGCAAAAUUCCCUCGCGACGGUGGAAAAAGAAUUAGCCGUGAGGCAACAAGCGAUGGAGAUGCACAAACGAAAAGCGAUAGAAAGCGCGCAAUCAGCCGCCGAUCUCAAACUCCAUCUUGAAAAAUAUCAUUCCCAGAUGAAAGAAGCACAACAAGUAGUAGCUGAAAAGACAAGCUCUUUGGAGGCUGAAGCGUAUAAAACUAAAAGAUUGCAGGAAGAGAUAGCGCAACUCCGACGUAAAGUCGAGCGUAUGAAGAAAAUCGAGCUUGCCGAGACCUUGGACGAGGUGAUGGCGGAGGAGUUGCGAGAAUACAAAGAAACGCUCACUUGCCCAUCCUGCAAGGUGAAACGCAAAGACGCCGUACUCACAAAGUGCUUCCACGUGUUUUGCUGGGACUGUCUGCGUACGCGUUACGAAACGCGACAACGGAAAUGCCCGAAGUGCAACUGCGCCUUCGGCGCAAACGACUACCAUCGACUGUAUUUGUCUACAUGAAGAAAGAGACGAUGCUGAUUGGUUCGAUGGUGUGCUACGACCCUACACAGUAAUAGAUAUCUUAAAAUACAACGCAUUUUUCGUUU